GAGCGACGUCUUACGUAACUGCGUAUACGUCACGGGCUUUUCUGUUGGGUUUCCGUGUUUACACACCCACGAAAGGAGGAGACAAGCAUAGCGCCAGAUUAACACAAGGCGAUAGAAGAGACAGUAAUACACCGACUGCAUGGUAAAACGAAGAAAAAACAGCUGCCAAAAUAGCUUUCUAUAACGGAAUGUUUUCUCGAAAGAGCCAUGGAGACGUCAAGAAAUCUACACAGAAAGUUCUGGACCCAAAGAAGGAUGUACUGACCCGCUUGAAGCACCUCAGGUCUCUGCUAGAUAUCCUGGAUGGGGGAGAACUAAAGACGUUCUUUGAAACAAACUGCUCUCAAAUUUAUUUUAUCUUCUUUGAGAAUUUCAUUACACUGGAAUAUAGCUUAAAGCAAAAAGGGAAUAAAUCCCAAAGGGAGGAGCUGGACUCCAUUCUCUUUCUUUUUGAAAAAAUUCUUCAACUUCUGCCGGAAAGAAUAUACUAUAGAUGGCAAUUUCACAGUAUAGGUUCUAUUUUGAAGAAGCUUUUGCACACUGGAAACUCAAUCAAGAUAAGAUGUGAAGGAAUCAGACUAUUUUUACAAUGGAUUCAAGCACUGCAGACAAAUUGCUUGGAAGAACAGUGUUUAAUCUUUGCUUGCCUCGUGCCUGGAUUUCCAACAGUGACUUCCUCAAGGGGUCCCUGCACGCUGGAUACUAUUAUUACCAGCUCCUACAGUAACCCUCCGGAUGCCAAGGUUGUUCCUGAAGAAAUCACACCUCUUGUGCCAGCAGUGGCAGGUGAAAAGGUAGCUGAAGACCAGAUGUGCUAUUUUCUACAAAUUGUUCUGAAGAACAUGGUUAUCCAGGCUUCAAGCUUGGAAUGGAGGAACAGAGAGAAUAAAGACACUGGCUUCAGGUUUCUCUUCACGCUCUUUAAGAAGUACUACCUUCCUCAUUUGUUUCCGUCAUUUACGAAGCUUACCAACGUGUACAAGCCACUGCUGGAUAUUCCUCAGCUCAGACCAAAGCCACUGUACCUUCCUGUGACUCGGAACAAGGAGAGUACUUACUCCACAAGAGACCAGUUCCUGGCAGCGCGCGUUGCUUUUAUCAAAUGGCUUGUGACCUUCUUUCUGGAAAAGAAGUAUGUCACAGCAGCUCUAAACACUAAGAAUGGAGGGGAGGUGCUACCCAAAAUAAUCCAGACUGUUACUGCAGGCAGUACAAGUCAAGAGAAGAACUCUGAGGCUGAGAGCAAUGGACCCGCCGAGCAGGACAAGAGCCAUUCCAACAGCAGCACUCUGUCAGACAGAAGACUCAGUAACUCCAGCCUUUGCAGCAUUGAAGAGGAGCACCGGACAGUCUACGACAUGGUGCAGUGGAUUCUGCUGUCUACCAGGGACAAUGUGAAUUUUGUAAAUGAAGUUUUCCACCAGGCUUUCCUGUUACCAUCUUGUGAGGCUUCUGCAACAAGAAAGGUGAUAAAGGUUUACAAGAAGUGGAUCCUGCAAGAUAAGCCUGUGUUCAUGACUGAACCAGAAAAGAGCAAGCUGGGAGAGGAGAAAGGAGUACAUUCUGAUCCUCUGCAGGAAACAGAGACAGACAGCAAACAGCCUACAGAGUAUCCCGGUCACAAGCGCUCUUCUAGCUGGGGGAGAACAUAUUCAUUCAGCAGUGCAGUAAGCAGAGGCUGCAUUAAUGAAGAGGAAAACGCAGAUAUCAAAGCUGGGGUCCAAUCUAUGCUACAGGUGUUCCUGACAAAUUCUUCCAAUGUCUUCUUACUUGAACCUUGUCCUGAUGUCCCCAAGCUCAUAGAAGACCAGGUUGACGUGUGUAAAUCUGUGCUCAAUAUUUACAGGAAAAUGAUAAUGGAGCAUACUAUGAAUAAGCAGACCUGGGAGCAAAUGUUACAAGUAUUGCUAAGAAUCACUGAUGCUGUGAUGCGAAGGCCACAGGAAAACACUAAAGAUGUGUUUGCCACGAGCCUGGCUGGAAUGCUUUUUCGGACGGUAAUCGUAGCCUGGGUUCGGGCUAAUUUAAGUGUCCUUAUCGCCCGGGAGCUCUGGGAUGAACUGCUCAGUGUGCUGUCAUCCCUCACUGCUUGGGAGGAGCUGGUCAUCGAGUGGGCCAACAUCAUGGAUUCUCUAACAGGAGUCGUAGCAAGAUCUGUCUACGGCCUAGAUAUGAGCAGCUUGCCGCUCGACAAACUGAGUGAACAAAAAGAAAAGAAACAGCGAGGCAGAGGAGUAAUUCAGGACACUCAGAAGGGAGCUGCUGUGGGUAGAUAUUUUUCUCUGAGCUGGAGAAGUCACCCUGAAGUUCAGGAGCCCAUGCGAUUCAGGAGUGCCACAACAUCAGGGGCUCUAGGAGUGGAAAAAGCAAGAAACAUGGUCCGGCAAAAAGCAACAGCUAAGCGAAGCCAGUCUAUCAGCAGCUGUGUUCAUCUGUACGAGGCUUUGCCAGUUGCUAAAAGCGUGCCUCUGCUGCUUCACACUGUGAGCUCUUUCUUGCCUGGUAUCUCUUACAACUCUUCCUCUCACAGACUUUCAGAAGUGGAUGAGAGCCAGCAGGGUGACAGUCCCGCGGAUGCAGAGCCCCUUGAUGUGGAUCGAGAGCAGCAGCAGCUCAGUCGCAGCAGCAGCACCUCAGACAUUGCACAGCAGCUCUCCUCCAACUCAUUCCAAGGACAAAAAAGGGAAAAUUCACCAAAUACCAACUAUUCAGACUCAAGAAACGAUGGUUUGGAAAACAGUGGAACAGGAAGAAAAGAGGUUGAGACUCCUGUGAUCUACGUCCGACAAAGUAGCAGUCCUGGUGAACUUGAAUGUCCUGGGGAUGGCCUGCUACCUUUAGGAAGACAGGGGCAGCGAGAGAAAAGUGAGAGUGUCAGCAGUGAAACCUCUAAUGGCUGUCUCAAUGAAGCAGAUGCCUGUUUAAUGUCAUGGCAGGCGUUUGAGGAGGAGCCCGAUUCUCUGUCUCCUGCUGAUGUCACUAUUGAUUCAGACAGCCCACGGAAUUUGCUGCAGCUCAGCCCUUCUGAUGGCAUGACAGACAGCAGUGAAUGUCUAGCCGAUGACAUCAGUAUCAUUGCCGGGGGGAGUCUUACUGGCUGGCACCCUGAUUCUGCAGCCGUGCUGUGGAGAAGAGUUCUAGGAAUACUGGGAGAUGUGAACAGCAUCCAGUGUCCGAAAAUACAUGCAAAGGUGUUCCUCUAUCUGUACGAACUGUGGCACAAACUAGCAAAGAUCAGAGACAACCUUGGAAUCAGUGCUGAUAACCAGUCCUCCCCUCCACAGCCCCUCCUCAUCCCACCACUGACAAUGUUUGCCUCCUGGUUAUUUAAGGCUACUGCAUUGCCUCCUGAGUACAAGGAAGGGAAACUCCAUGCCUACAGGUUGAUUUGUGAGAUGAUGACCAAGCAUCAAGAUGUCCUGCCCAACUCUGAUUUCCUUGUACAUUUCUACGAUGCAAUGCACAAGGGCUUUAUCAGUGACGAUCAGGAUGUUUUGAACACAGUCAUCCGGUAUUGUUCUCCGCGGUUCCUUUUUCUUGGUUUGCCUGGGUUCACAAUGCUGGUUGGCGACUUCAUUUCAGCUGCUGCACGGAUCCUUGGCUCUGAUGCAUUGGAAGCCCCACGCAUUGAAGCACAAACUAUUCUCGGCUCCCUAGUGUGCUUCCCAAACCUUUACCAGCAAAUGCCUUUACUGCAGCCUGUUCCUGGAUCUACUGAGAGAUUCAUUGGGAAUGAGGACAUUAAGGACUAUUUCGUAAACAUUUUACUGAAGAAUGCCAGAAGUGAGCCAAGUGAGGGUGCAAGAUGCAUCGCUGUGUGCAGUCUUGGGGUGUGGAUCUGUGAAGAACUGGCCCAGUGCACAAGCCACCCUCAUGUGAAAGACGCCAUCAAUGUAAUGGGUGUAACACUGAAGUUAGGAAACAAAGUGGUUGCCCAUGUAGCGUGUGAUGUCUUUCGUCUGCUAGUCUGUCACUGGCAGAACCUUCAGAAAUAUGAAGCAUCUCUUCCCAAGAAAAUCACUGAAAUUUUUGUGGCCACGAUUGCAUUUCUCUUACCAAGUGCAGAACACUCUACCAUGGAGGCAGAUAAAAAACUAAUGGUAUCACUGCUGCUCUGCCUCUUGGAUUGGUGCAUGGCAAUUCCUUUGAAUACACUGCUAGAGCCCAUUACCAUGCCUGUACUUGAAGAUCCUUAUUCUCAAAAAGCUCCUCUUCUGGACUAUAUUUACAGGGUUCUGCACUGUUGUGUUCAUGGCUCAAAUCUCUACACCCAGCAAAGCCAUUACCUGCUGAGCCUUGCAGACCUUUCCGCCACAGACUACGACCCGUUCCUGCCGGUUGGGAAUGUCAGGAACUCAGAGCCACCGCAGUCUCAUACCAGUGUGGAUUUUGGCAACCUGCUCACGGUAGCUGAGGAGAAGAAAAGGAGGAACAUGGAACUGAUUCCUCUGACUGCACGCAUGAUCAUGACGCACCUUGCGAACCACUUGAGCCACCAUCCACUCAGCGGAGGGCCUGCCAUUCUUCACAGCCUCAUCAGCGAGAACCACGACAACGACUAUGUGGAGUCUUCUGAGCUGUCUUCCGAGGUCUUCAAGAGUCCUAACCUGCAGCUGUUUGUGUUCAACGACAGCACCCUCGUUUCUUAUCUGCAGAUCCCUGCAGAAAAGACUGGAGCUGGCGAGCCUCAUGGAGCUGCAGCAGAUGUCCGAGUCAUUGUGAGAGACAUCUCUGGAAAGUAUUCAUGGGAUGGUGGCGUUCUUUAUGGACCUUUAGAUGGACAGUCAUCCAGUAGCUGUAAAGACCAACAUAUAAAAGUACCGUGGGGCAGUGCCAGGCCUCGACAGAAAGUGCACCCAAUGAGUUGGGACUCUGAAGGUAACAGUGAAGAAGGGCAGGACGUGUUGGAUAACCUGCUGGAGAACCUGGGCAGCAGUAGUCCAGAGUGCCUGUCCCAGCAGCAGGGGAAGCUCAAUGAUCCAGCUCCUCCACCGUUGGGUAUGAGUCAUGAGCAGGAGCACACCAUAAUGGAAGCCAUCUUAAGACAGAGCUCCCAAGAAGAGGCACAUGUCAAGAGGUGGCACAGUGACAUAAGCAUGAAAGUAGACAGUCAGAAAGAACCGGCUCCUCAAGAGCCCAAAGCACCUUUCUACUUCUGUAGGCUCCUGCUGAAUGAUCUGGGCAUGAAUUCCUGGGAUCGGAGAAAAAGUUUCCAUCUACUGAAAAAAAACUCAAAGCUCUUGAGAGAACUUAAAAACUUGGAUUCAAGACAAUGCCGAGAAACACACAAGAUAGCUGUGUUUUAUAUUGGGGACGGCCAGGAGGACAAGUGCUCCAUUCUCUCAAACACCGGAGGCAGUCAAGCCUAUGAAGACUUUGUCUCAGGACUUGGCUGGGAGGUGGACCUCUCAACACACUGUGGAUUCAUGGGUGGCCUGCAGCGCAAUGGCAGCACAGGUCAGACAGCCCCUUACUUCGCUACCUCUACUGUGGAAGUGAUCUUCCACGUGUCCACAAGGAUGCCGUCGGAUCCAGACGACUCGCUGACGAGAAAGCUUCGUCACCUGGGAAAUGACGAGGUUCAUAUCGUCUGGUCUGAGCACACAAGGGACUACCGCAGGGGCAUUAUACCUACAGAUUUCGGGGAUGUGUUGAUCAUUAUUUAUCCAAUGAAGAAUCACAUGUUCUUCAUACAGAUCAUGAAGAAACCACAGGUCCCUUUCUUUGGUCCUCUGUUUGAUGGAGCCAUCGUAACAGCAACUCUGCUGCCAAGUUUAGUGCGAGCCACAUGCAUUAAUGCCUGCCGAGUCGUGAAGUCUCGCCUAACACUCUACCAGAGCUUCUAUGAAGAAAGGGCAUUGUACCUGGAGGCGAUCGUCCAGAGCCACAGAGAAGUGAUGACGUUUGAAGAUUUUGCUGCACAGGUGUUCUCUCCCUCCCCAAGCUACUACACCCUGAGUGGAACAGGCUCCCUCAGUGGCAGUGCGAGUGCUGAGCUCCCCGUUGCUGUAGGAACGGACUCCACAGAUCAGGUCUCCCCUACAAUGCCUCGCUCCACAAGGAGCCGAGUCCCUGGGAAACUCCGUCGCUCUGCCAGCGCCAUCAGCAAAUCCUCAAACUGACUGUGGGGCCUUCCAUUUCAAACACUGUACAUUUUACCAGUAACAUUGGCACUUUUCAUUAUUCUUUAAUCAUUCUUUAUUUCUUCUUGUGGUUUUUUAUGAAGAAAAAGUCAGACCAGUUGGAAAGCAGUUGGCGUGUUUCUUUUUGCUGUGCUUUAUCAGGUUUGUUAGGGAUACCUGCAAAACAAACACCACCUGAUCAUAUUGUAAGGAUAGGGAAUUUGUUGGGAGCAAUAUUUAAUACCUGUUAACACUGUUGGUCAUUCAGUACAGUACAAGUUCAGUACAGUUCAAGUGAGAUGAAAAAGGAACCUAAUCCAUUUAAGACCAACAGGUACAAAAUUGCCCUUUUGAUGGCUUUUUAACAGUGCUGUUGUUGGUGCUUUGUUGGUACAGUUUUCCCAAUACUUUUUCUUUUUCACUCGCUGUGCUUUUAUAACCCUCAGUCCAAGAAAGCUCAUGCAUGUUUGUUAGCCACACCACUUCAUUACCUCUUCUUAAAGCACAGUGCUGUCCAUGGUACUGAGGAAACCACCAUUCUCAGAAAGAGGGCCUGAAGGGGCCUGGUUUAGAAAGACAGGUAUCGCCUUCCUCUACAAAGCAAGAAAAAACACUGGGAACACUGCACCCGAAACUAAACACAGAAGGGCACUCAAAAGAUCAUGUUUGUUUGUCUUUUUUUUUUUUUUUUUUAAUAUUACUGAGGGAACAGAUAUUGGAAUAUUGCAUAUUGGAAUUGAAAAAAAAAGUGGAUUUUUUUUAAUAUUGUUGUAUGCUUGCAAAAUAUUUUACAAGUCAGGGCAGAUGAGUUUAGUUUAAAAAAUAACAUAUUCAGGGAUACAAAAAAUGAAGCUAUUCAUGACAUUUUAUAACUGGAGUUAUUUGUAGUAUUACUGACUAUUGUAUGAGUGAGUAAAUAUAAGAUGUGUGUCUCCGUCAGAUUUGCACAUGACCUCUGCAUAUUAACACUACGGGUGAAAAGAACGAUUUGGUCAUAGGAAGCUGAUCUAAGGAUAAUCCUCAAUCUUUAUAUGUAUUGCCUUUUAGUUUGGCAGUUGCAUUGCUAGAUUUAUCUCUCAUUGAUCUGGAAAACUACAUAUAGUUUGUUUUUCUACAUCUAGCAUAGUUUAGGUUUUGCUUGGUUUAUGCUAACUAAAUUAAGAGUAUAAAUAUAAUGCUGUGUAUUAUUCUGUUGAAUUGUGAAUAAAGAAAUCUUAAGGUAA